ACAACAGCUGCAACGCCGCCUGCCACACCUGCCACGUCUGCAACAGCGCUCAGCGCUCAACCCGCGCAGGAUCAUUACAGCCUCCGCUGGAACAAUCAUCAGAAUCACAUCCUGCGCGCCUUUGACGCACUGCUUCAAACCAAGACACUCGUUGAUGUGACUCUCGUCUGUGCGGAGACCUCGAUAAGGGCACACAAAAUGGUCCUGUCCGCCUGUUCCCCGUUCUUUCAGCGCGUCUUUGCUGAGACGCCGUGCAAACAUCCUGUCAUCGUCUUGAAGGACUUUCGUGGAUGGGUUGUCCAGGCAAUUGUGGAUUUUAUGUAUCGUGGCGAGAUUAGUGUGCCCCAGCAGCGCCUGCAGACACUCAUCCAGGCGGGGGAGUCGUUGCAGGUGCGCGGUUUGGUGGAGAGUUCGGUGCCGGAACAUACACCAACACCGGCUGCUUCUCCGGAUGACUUCAACCUGCUGGAUGCUUCACUGCUGGCGACCAGCUUUGAGGACGACUCACCGUCGAUGGUGAUGAGACCCUCCACGGGCAAGUUGAUAAUGCCGACGCGUCUCUUCGCUGGUGCUGGCCAUGCGCCGAUGGCGCUCAGCUUACGCCGUAAGCGCGAGCAGGACAGCGAACGUGAGCCAGAAAGUGAUCAGGAGCUGGGCAGUGGCUCACCCAUGCCGAGACGCAAACAGGCGCGUCCGCGGCGACGUUCCGGCGAUGACUUUGCGCUGAGCAAGCCAGAGACGUGCUCGGAGACGUUGCCACUGCAAACUGUGAUCAAGGAGGAGCAGGAGCAGGAACAUGACACGAGUGAUAAGCAGCGCAACGAGGAUGAGGCAAUGGAACAGGUUGAGCAGCAGUCGCAGGAAAUCCACGACAACGAGGAUGAGGAGCAGGAAGAGGAGGAGGGUGGACAAGCUGCAGCUACAAGCGAGGUGGAGCACGCACUGCCCCUCAUCACGUCCAGCAAUCAGCUGGAUCUGGAUGAGGAGGAAUUGCAGGAGGAUGAACAUGAACGAGAGCAGCGGCAAGAUCGAACGGAAAACCAACACCAACACGAUCCAGAUGAGCCGGAGGAAGAGCAGGAGGAAGAGGAUGAGCAGGAAGACGACGAGGAGGAGGAGGAAGAACAGGACAUUGAAGAGCUGAUACACACGACGAAUGAGUUGCGUCGUCAGGCGGCUGUUGCCGCUGCCAAUGCGGCUGCCAUGUCGCCGUGUCCCAGCGAUGGGCCCGAGGAUCUAUGCACCACCAAAAAGGACAAAGACUCGCACUGCUCCUCCGACAACGAGAGCAACAACAACAACAACAACAGCAGCAAACUACAGGACAACAAUCAGCGCAUCAUGUUGUCCUUAAAGGAUAUUCGGCAAUUGAAUGCCAAGCCGAGUGCAAGCUCAACGCCCAACAGCUGUGCCCAUGGCAACAAUGGCCUGUUGUCUUUUCCACCGCCGCCGCCGCCACCUGGCCUACGUCCGCCGGACAGUCCACCCUGCCACAUGGAGGCGCUGGAGGCGCAAAUGCAUGCUGCAGCCGCUGCAGCUGCCGCUGCUGCCGCCGCUGCUGGUGUCGGUGACAAUCCCUUUCAUCACAUGGAGCAUCAGAUGGAAAUGUCGCUGGCCGCCGCCGCUGCCGCAGCCGCAAUGCACCGGGAGCGGGAGCGUGAUCCGCGCGAGACACGCGAGCAGGCGCUGCAGCGGGAGCACAACGCAUUCGCAAGUAAUCUGCUGGGACCGAUGGGUCUGCCCCCGUUUCAUGGACACAAUGGGGGCGUGGGGCAUGCGCCUCAUGAGCGGCUCGAGGAGAGCAUGAAUCGGUUGAGCAAAGAGUUUGGCAAGGAGUUUGGCAAGGAUUUUGGCAAGGAUUUUGGCAAAGAGUUUUGCAAGGAAUUUGCGCCCACGUCGCCAAUGAGUUUACCAGGCCACUAUAAUCCACAGGAUGGACAACCACAUCCGCCUUCGCCGCUGCCCUUUCCCGGUAUGUCCUCGGCGUUGACGCUGACGCCGCCACACAUGUUUGGCCUGGACUCGCCGCUUGGCUUAUUUCCGCCAGGCAUUGAUCCUGGCAAACUUUACAAUCCGCUGAUGGAAAUGAGCGAUCCACGCGAUAUGCCCGGCGGACCGCCACCGUUUCUCAAAAAGAAAAUGCCACGACCGAAGGGACAGCAUUCGGCGCCACGAGGCGGACCGCCCCGUUCCUGGACAAACACCGAGCUGACGGAGGCACUGCAGCACGUGUGGAACAAGAAGAUGACCACGUCGCAGGCAUCCCGCAUCUUUGGCAUACCCUACAACUCGCUGCUGAUGUAUGUGCGUGGCAAGUAUGGGAAGAGUCUGAAGUUGGAACAGUUGCGCAAGGAUUGCAUCAGUGGGCCGCCCAUCGAGAUGCUACAAAUGGGCAUUAGUGGAGGUGGCAGUGGUGGUGGCUCCAAGAGCGAGAAAAAGGAGCGCAAGGAGAAGGACAAGGAGAAGCAUGCAGCAGCUGCCAAUUCCAAUUCCAAUUCAGGCAACAACAGCAACAGUAGCAACAACAACAGCAACAACCACAACUCGUCUGGUCAUCCGAAUCAAGCGCAGCUCUCCCAUCAUCCCAGCGAUUUGGGUGCACUGGGUCCACUCGAUCUGGAACUGGGCUUGCCGCUGGGUCCGCCCGUUGGGCCGCGCAGUGGCAGCUCUGAGCCUGAUUUGCUGGGGGGACCCGGCGCCGGCCUCUUCAAUCCGUUCAAUCCGCAGGGUUUCUAUCCGGAUUUCGCAGGCGGUUUUCCGGGUCUGCCGCUGAGCAUGCUAAAUCUUCUGCCGCCAGCGGAGCGGCAUCAUGCCGCCGUUGCCAUGCAUCAUUUGGGCGUUAGCAUGGAUGAGGACUGCAAAUCGGUGGGCUCCAAGCAGUCAUCGUCGCUGGAUGAUGACUACAGCCUCUCCCUCGACCAGCGGCGGCACAGUGAGCUCUCCAGCAAUGGAACGGCGGCGCUAGCCCAGGCGGGUGCGGCGGCGGCGGCGGCGCAGGAUUGAAAUAUGUGGCGGGAUUGGGCUGCGAACCCAAUGUUUUUCCCGCCCUAUGAGCUGGAUGUGGCAGCUGCACACUCGCCACCCCCUCAUCCUCCCGCUACGCCGCCGCUGCCUCCUCCUCACCCGAAUCCUGCCCCGCAUCCGCAUCAUCAGGCUUGUCGCGAUUUCAAUUUCAAUCCGAGCUUAUUUGUGGCACGUCGCAAGCUGAAACGGUAUCGGGCCAAGCGUGUCCAUAUGCAGCUUCAAGCGCCAGUUGGCGUGGGCGUGGCACCGCCCCCACCCCCACCACCUCCGCCACCACCCCCUCCGCCGUCGCUGCGCAGCUAAAUCCAAAAACCCAAAAAAAUCCAACUGUGAACAUCGAGAUCGUGAUGUGAAAAUUGAAUGCAAUAUAUUUUGUGAAUUA